UUUCAUUAAAAAUAUUUUCAUUGCUGCAUUUUACCUCAUGCUUCUGCAAUACUUGUUAAUUAUUAAAAACCAAGUGACACACAUUGGUUGUAGAUCCAGGCCUUAUCUAAUGAGAUAAAAGGUGACUGCAGCAAUCAUACAGAACACAAUCAGGAACCAGAAGCUGAAAUACUUUAUUACGAUCUUCCUGUUAAACUAUGAAGAGGGACUGAGAGAUGUUUAGAAUAUCUGAUUGUGUGUCUGUUGGAGCAGCUAUUUGUACGGAAAAGAUUUCAAAAAUCAUAUUCUUUUUCCUACAGAGACAGUCAAACUUUUCUAAACCAUGAUCUUCAGCUAAAAAGAGGGCCAUUGAGAGAACUGAAGUUCUGUGGCAUUUGGACUGAUCUUGCACAGGACCAGGCAUGCAACUUUUCAGAAGAAUAAUUUGGGGCCAAGACUAUGCAAGAAUAAAUAAAAAUGAGAUCCAGACAGCUGUGAGGAAAGAAGAAAUAUUUUUUCCAAAAAGCCUUUAGGGGCAGCUGCAGAGAAAUGGGAUUCAAGGAAACUGCUUGCUCAAUGGACAAACUUCAGAGAUGGACUGGGCUGAUUAUCACUCUGAUGGUCUACCUAACAGAUCCUGGCUUUGGCUAUGCCAUCGUAGAAGGCCCUCAAAAUUUAACAGUUGUUGUAGGUUCAGUGGCUCGAUUUAGCUGCACAGUAUCAGAUGGGUGGAAAAUUUUGAUAUGGCUUUUCAAUGGAAAUCCUAAGCUGUCCGUGUUGAGUACUGGAGAAACCAUUGUAACAGAUGAGCAAUAUACUCAGAAAGGUUCUAACAUAAGUAGUAGCAGAUUUACUUCAGAGCUGAUGAUCCAUAAUGUUCAGCUGACAAAUUCUGGACAGAUCAGAUGUAGCCUCCAGAACAAUGACAAUAGAUAUGCAUUUCUUUCUGUACAAAUAGGAUGUGAUAAUGAAGAUUGGCGAAUCCGAACUAUAAUUUUAGCUGUUGUGUUGUCAGUUGCUCUUUUACUCCUUCUGAUCCUUAUUAUUCUCCUUAUUAUAUGUUGCUGCAAAAGAAGGAAAGAGUCCAACUAUCAAAGUGAGCUAAGAAAUAUUUCAUGGAAGAAAGAAAAAGGUAGAAAUUUGGAAACUGUGAGUCACCGUGGAAAGGAAAACUAUGGCUACAGUGCAGAGCAAAUGCCACGAGAUCACACUUCCUUCCCAGUUACAGAAAUUGUUUAUGAUACAAAGAAAGAUCUGAGUGUGAGCUCUUCAUCAGAGGUGUUGAAAAACGAAUUUCAAGCAGGAAGACUUCCUUCAAGAACUAAUGUUUAUCCAAUUAAUCCAGUCAAAAUCAGAAAUGUGACACUAAUAUAGGAAAACAGUUACAUAGCUAUAUCAUUUCUUAAAAUUUCCUCAUUUAUUUGAAAAUCAUCAAUUUAAUAAUCUCUGAGGAAUUUUAAUGAAGAAGCCACUGCUGUUUCCCCAUAAAACAGAAUGAAUUUCUCUUAAAAUAUUUAUUUUCUGUCUACUUUAAAAUUUAUUGUAAACUAGUGGAAGUUUCACUAUCACCUUUGACCUGUUAAUUCAAAAUAAGAGUUUGUUUAAUUAUCAUCUCUUUUUGUGUAAUUGUCAUAUUCUAAAUCAUAAGAUCCAUGAUGUUAAUUUUAUUUUUAAAAUGCAAGCCCUUUGAUUUAAGAUUAACAUUAAGGUUGCAUAUUCAUAUAUUUCUGGUUGCAAACAUCAUACAGUGAUGACAUGACAACAGAAAGUCCUGCAAGGAUAUGUACCAUUCAUAUUUAAAAUAAAUCCAACAUGGAUUUCCAUGAGAGCAGAUAUAAAAGCUUAAAUAAAAUGGAAUCCAUUGUGACAUGGCAUUGAAUAGAUUUAGUGCUAUUGAUCCUUCUCCAGACAAAAAAUGCACACCUAGCAUGAUUUGUUUGCAAAAGAUUAUGUAAGAUAGUAUAUACUUGAAAUUUGCAUUAAAAAGUAUAAUGUAUAGUGAUUUACAUUUUAAAAAUUCUCUAGUUGUGUAUUUUUUAAAAAAAGAUUCUAUCCCAAUAAUUAAAUUAGAAUAAGUAUGCAGUAAAAUACACAUAACAAUAUAUUUCCAAUAUAUUUGGAGAAACUUGUGUUAAAUACAUAUGUUGAAAAGCUUUGUUACAUAUGUAAGUAUGUGUUUAAAUUAUAUUUAUUAGGGGAUAUUGCAUAUAGAAGCUCCAUAUUAAGUAAAGUUUAAAUGACAAAUCAGAAUAGAUAUAUUUAUUUUGUUAAACAAGCAUUGAAACUGUUAAUAUUUCUGAUAUUAAGUGCUAAGCAACUUAACUUCCUCAAGUUUCACUUAGUACUAAAGUAUGUUAUCACUUUAAUUACAUUUUUUUAUUAUUUACUUUACUUAUUAAACUAAAUGCUGACUUUCUCUGUGUUAGACACCUGUCAUUUAAGAACAUAGUUAGAAGUAAGAGUUAUUAAAAUUGAUUGGGCUUGUCUCCAUUAAUAAGUUAAAGUUCUCAAACCACUUUUUCCUUCUUCAUUUCAAAGAUUUUUUGAAAAUCUUUGCAUAAAGUAAUUGUGAUUAUUACAAGUGCAUUUUAUAUUAUUGAAUUGCCAAAUAAAAGGUACUUAAUUUUCA